GGUUUGGGAAACAAGUGCUCUAACACUAUUCAACAAAUGGCUCCGCUGUUACAGAGUACACAAUACUUGCUAAUUCUGUUCUGCUUCUUCGUGUUCUUGUCGGCAUCUUUAGUCGCAGAAUCCAGAACUUUGUUCUAUAAAUGGGAAGUUAAAUACGAAAUAAGGUCCCCCGACUGCUUUAAAAAGCUUACUAUCACCAUUAAUGGUGGAUCUCCAGGUCCGACAAUCUACGCCCACCAAGGCGACAACGUCAUCGUCGAGCUCAAGAACAGCUUAGCUAGUGAAAACGUCGCAGUCCACUGGCAUGGAAUCCGACAGAUUGGAACACCUUGGAGCGAUGGAACAGAAGGUGUCACUCAGUGUCCUGUUCUGCCUGGUGAAACCUUCAAAUACCAGUUCGUUGUUGACAGGGCAGGGACAUACCUAUACCAUGCUCAUUACGGUAUGCAAAGACAGGAUGGUCUCUAUGGAUCCAUUGUGGUUUGGCUUCCGGAAGGACAAUCAGAGCCUUUUUCCUACGAUCAUGAUCGUAAUCUUAUCCUCACCGAUUGGUAUCACAAAAGCAGCCAUGAACACGCCACCGGAUUGGCUACCCCUGACCCUGGCUUCCAAUGGGUCGGAGAGCCUGAUUCACUUUUGAUACAAGGAAGAGGGAGAUUCAAAUGCUCUCUGUUGGGUUCUUCCGGUUUAGCCUCUGCUACCUGCAACUCAUCCAGCCCACAAUGUGUUGCUUAUCCACUCACGGUCGUACCAGGAAAAACUUACAGAUUGAGGGUAUCCAGUCUUACUUCUCUAUCAGCUCUCAGUUUCCAAAUUGAGAGUCACACCAUGACUGUGGUUGAAGCAGAUGGGCAUUACGUCGAGCCAUUCCAAGUAAACAACUUGUUCAUAUACUCCGGAGAAACAUAUUCGGUGUUGAUAAAAGCCGACCAAGACCCGUCCAGAAACUACUGGGCCACAACCAACGUGGUCAGCCGACCUAGGACCACCCCCCCUGGUUUGGCCAUUUUCAAUUACUACCCAAAUCACCGGCGUAAACUCCCUCCCACAACUCCUCCUGCAGGACCUGCUUGGAACGAUGUUGCACCCCGAUUGGCUCAAAGCCACGCCAUCAAAGCCCGGCAAGGUUUUAUCCACCCGCCGCCAAAAAUCGCUGACAAAGUGAUUGUGCUUCUCAACACCCAAAACACCGUGAAGGGUCGCCGCCGGUGGUCGUUAAACAACGUGUCCUUCAAUAUGCCCCACACCCCUUACCUUAUUGCCCUGAAGCACAAUCUUCUCCACACUUUCAGCCAGGCCAAACCACCCACGGGAUACGACUUCAAGAACUACGACAUUUUCAAUCCGGCCCCCAACCAGGAAGCGACGGAGAGCGACGCCAUAUUCCGGUUGGAGUUCAAGUCGACGGUGGACAUCAUUCUGCAGAACGCUAACAUGAUGAGCCCAAACAGCAGCGACACGCAUCCUUGGCAUCUGCACGGGCACGAUUUCUGGGUUUUGGGGUACGGGGAAGGGAAAUUCGAUAUCUAUAGAGACCCAAGCAAGUACAAUUUGGAGAACCCGAUAAUGAAGAACACGGUGGCGCUGCACCCAUAUGGAUGGACGGCCUUGAGAUUUGUAGCAGACAACCCCGGAGUUUGGGCUUUCCACUGCCACAUCGACGCCCAUUUCUUUAUGGGAAUGGGAGUUGUCUUUGAAGAAGGAAUUGACCAGGUUGGAAAUUUGCCUACUUCCAUAAUGGGGUGCGGGGAGAGCAAGAGGUUCUUAAGGCCUUAGUCUUUUUAUUUGUUGCUGUAACAAGGAAUGGGGUGGCCCAAAAAGCCCAACUCAAUCUUUCCAUCCUAAGAGGCUCUUAUCCAAAUCCAAUGGCCCAAAAUUUCCACUUGUGGGGCCCUGCACUUCGCCGUAUCCAUGUUCGCGCUAUUUCAAACCACUACUUGGCAUCACAGCUGCCAUAGCCACCUUCAUUUCAACCUCAAAGGCCGAAUAGCACAAUCUGAUCAUACUAAAAUGGCAACCCCAUGAGCCCAAGCUUCCCAAAUUUUCAGCCCCAAAUAAUCUUCCGCUAUUAAACCCACUCCUUCUUCUUCUUCUGUUUCUUGCUGCGUCGGUUAUGGCUCUGUCGCCCUUGGAUGCCAACGCUACGAGAAUUGAAUACUAUGCCACUGUUGGAGAACCCCUUUGCGAGUUCCAACUAUGUGCCUUCCGGGCUUGGCUAUUGCUUCAUCGCCAUGGGAUCCGAUGAGGAAGUUCCUUAUGGUGAGCUUAGCAAUGUCAGUUCCAAGUUCACUAAACUGCAAGGUUUGCUGAUAGGAUAGUGUUUGACAGCAGCUAUAAGCGUGCUAGACCUCUCACCUUGCGUAUUGGUGUUGGUAAGGUAAUGAUUAAUUCUCCAAUACCCUUUCCUCAGUUGCAUAAGAGCUUGAAAAGUUUGGCCAAUUUAUUUAAGAGCGAGCAGCUACAGGCUUCGAGAACAAUUAUAUUGAUUAAGAGGUCAGAAUAGCCUGUCUAGGAUGGAGGCACGUCUCUCUAUGUUCCAUCUUAAUAAAAUAGGCACCUUGCUGCAUUGACUUGAUAGACAUUCAUCUCCCUAGAUGCAGCUAUGUUCUAAGAGACCUUUGGAGCAGUUAGUUCUCCCACAAAUCCCAAUUGUUUGUAUGCUCAAAGAUGUAGAAAGAAGGUUUUUAAAACAGGUCUGUUGGGGCAUAAGGGCAUCUUAUGUUCAUACUCUUUUCCCCCUCGUUUAGCCAGAACUUAAGUCUAAGCUAAACGACAGAGCCCAAAUAUGUGCAUGUCUCUUUGGAUUUUCCAAGGAUGUGGAACCCGAGCUGACUUUCAAGGUAGAAUAUACAUGGUUUUCUCCAAUUUCCCACCAGGACUGGCAGUCUUUGAUAGGUGAAAAUCCCAGAUUGGCAUGGUUGAAAUUGCUCGAUUUCAAACAUAAUUGAUCAAACCCAUGUAUUUGGUGUUUACAAGCUUAUGACUGUAUUUCCAUGCAGGGAUACUAUUCUUUACUUUGUAAAAGUAAGUCCUGUUUCUGAGUAGUUCAGUAACUUUCUUCAAAUGGAAUCUAAUGGGCGCAUUUUGUUUGAACAUAUUCUGUUCUAAUAUGAUUGAAUUGUCAAUAAACACAAGAUCAUUACAUCCAAAUCACCCUUAUUUUCUUUCUCACUGCGGUGUCUCUUUAUGCUACCUUUGGAUCUGAGAAAAAGGUUAACCGGGUGAAAAAAAAAAGUUCCCAAAGCCAAAAGCAAAGAAAGCAGGAUUCUUUCCUCACGUUUGGUGAAGAGAGAGAAAAGGUGAAAGAACAGCUAUGGACAAGGCAAAGUCGUCUCCCAAACAGGAAAUUACAACAUCAUGCAUCCUUUUAAACAUCAGUAAUAAG